AUUGAGAAUUUAGAGCACACCGGGCAAUCGUCCAAUGACGUGGAUCUGAGGCCGAAAGACUUCGUCGUUUGAAGUCAAUCUUUCCUUAACAGUUAAAACCCCCCAAAACUGUUAAACUUUUCCGCGAUGCCUUUUUUCUAAUAGAAAACAAACAAACUAGGCCCUUUGUUUCAUCGGUUGUGAAUCUUGAACUGUGUGCGAUACUUUUAACCAAGGUUUAACGAGGACCUGUCAAACUUUAUUCUCACCUGUCAGUUGAAGUUACCUUUUGAUUCUUCCGAUUAAAUUAAGCUGCAGUUGUCAUAAUGUUACCAACAACUCAAAAAGAUUUUAGUAAAAUGGGGUCUGUCCAGGGUUCGGGUCGCAUUUCUCGAUUUACUAGUUCUGCUUUAGGCUGGAUUAAAAAAAUCUUAAAGGACAAAACUUCCCGAAACUUGCUUCUUUUUCUGAUGCUUAACUUUUCCUUUGCUUUUGUUGAAUUGUUUUAUGGGAUAUGGACCAAUAGUCUUGGCUUGAUUUCCGAUUCAUUUCAUAUGUUUUUUGACUGCACUGGCCUUCUUGCUGGCCUUGCAGCCAGCGUCAUUAUUCAGUGGAAGGCUAAUGAACACUACACAUAUGGUUAUGAAAGAGCAGAAGUUUUGGGUGGAUUUGUGAAUGGACUGUUUUUGCUGUUCAUCUCAUUCUUUAUCUUCUCUGAAGCUGUUGAGAGAGCAAUUGAGCCCCCAGAAGUCAAACAUGAGAGACUUCUUGUUGUUUCUAUCCUGGGUUUCUUAGUCAACUUGAUUGGUAUUUUUGCAUUCCAUCACGGGCAUAGCCAUGGCGGCGGAGGAGGACACAACCAUUCCCAUUCUCAUGAUGAAGAACCAAUGAGCGUGAAAAUUAGUAACUCGUACAAUCAUCUUGGCGACGCCAGUCAUUUCAAUGGAGAUCAUCACGGUCAUUCGCACAGCGGUGGACACGGGCAUUCUCACGCUGCUGGACAUGGCCAUAGUCACGAAGCCCACGGACAUUCGCAUGGCGACUCGAGCAAACGCUCCAUUAUUAUGGACGGAGUUUUCUUGCAUAUUCUUGCAGAUGCGCUUGGAAGCGUGGGAGUAAUCAUUUCGGCCAUCCUUAUGCACGCAUUUGGUUGGAUGAUUGCGGAUCCUAUUUGUUCCAUGUUCAUCGCUAUUAUGAUCGCACUCAGUGUUCUGGGACUAAUUAAAGAAUCGCUGGCUAUCUUGAUGCAGCGCCAGCCAAAAGAACUCGACCGACGUUUACCCCAGUGUUACCAACAAGUCGCCCGUUUAGAAGGAGUUCGUUCCGUCCAGGAGCCGCAUUUCUGGACACUUUGUUCCGAAAAGUAUGUUGGAGCACUAAAGCUUGAGUUGAAACCUGAAGCUGAUGCGCGGUAUGUUACACACCGUACUCAACAGAUAUUCCAGGCGAUUGGCGUAAAAGAGCUGCAUGUCCAUCUCGACUUUACUAAUCACUGAUUCCCAUGUUGACGAUGUGCAAGCUUGGAUUUCCAAAUAAGCUCUUUUGUUGAUUCAAUGUUGUGCUGUACAUAUGAUUGACCGUCUUGUGGUCGACAAAGGAAUCGACAAGACGCAAAUUGUUAAGUAAAAGUUUUUUUGGAAUGAAUAAAAAAAUUUUGCGUAGAUA